UCUAUCUCGGAGAAAAUGCCACCUCAAGCAUCUGGAAAAGCCGUGAAGAAGGCGGGCAAGGCCCAGAAAGCUGUCCGUACUGGUGACAAGAAAAAGAGGAAGAAGCGCAGGAAGGAAUCUUUCGCUAUUUACAUCUACAAAGUCUUGAAACAAGUUCACCCCGACACUGGAAUCUCAAGCAAGGCUAUGUCCAUCAUGAAUUCUUUUGUCAAUGACAUCUUCGAGAGAAUUGCAGCUGAAUCUUCAAGACUGGCUCAUUACAACAAGAGAAGCACCAUCACCAGCCGAGAAAUCCAAACUGCUGUGCGUCUCCUCUUGCCCGGUGAAUUGGCUAAACACGCAGUUUCUGAAGGAACCAAAGCCGUCACCAAGUACACCAGCUCCAAGUAAAUUUUCCCCAUGGAAAAAAAAAAAAAAA